ACCCAAUCGAAACACCCUACCAACAGCAGCUUGAAUGAGACGAGCGACACGAAAAGCUCUCGCGCACCUUUUCCUCUUUGGAAGCAUACUCUUCCUCAUCAUCCACCUAAAUCGCCCUUCACGUACAGCUAAAAAGUUCGCAUGGACGACAAUUCGAUACAAAACCACGGCCGCCACGCUCCCUGCACCUCGGGGAGUCUGCCCCGGUCUGGCAAAAAGCACAAAGCCCGCGCUGGUAGUGUCGCGAGUCACAAGCGAGGACACGCAAUGGCUCGACGAGCUGGCCGAGCAUUACCACCUUUGUGUAUACACGGCAGACGCGCCAAGCGACAGCAACUCGAAAUAUCUCCAAGUUCCUGCGAACCGCGGCCACGAAUCGAUGGCCUACCUGACGUUCCUGAUCGACAACUACGGCUACAUAUCCGAGCAAGGCGCAGUGUUUGUGCACGGCGUGCGCUGGGCCUGGCAUAACGACGACCCGGCCUACGACAACGUCGCGCUUCUCUCCGCGCUGAACAUCUCCAACGCCCUCGAGCCUUGGGGCUACCACAACCUGCGCUGCGACUGGAGCGUGAGCACGUGUCCGCUGUCGGCACCACCGCAAGGCAGCCUCGAGACGUCGCUGCAAGCGGCUAUGGAUCCGUGGGACGCGCGGGCGGUAUCGGACACUGCGCUGCCGCGGGCGCUGGUGUCGCUGUUUGGUGGCGGGGAGUACGCGUUGAGCGGCGGGCUGGAGCGGCUACUGCUCGGGCGCAGCGAUGCCGUGCGCGCGCAGUGCUGCGCGCAGUUUGUCGUGGCGCGCGAGAACGUGUGGCAGCACACGCGGGACGAGUAUGUGGCGUUGCGGCAGUGGUUGCUCGACGCGACGGACUCCCAGAACAAAUACGCCGCCCCGCUCGACGACCGCAUUUCCGGGCGGAUUGUUUCGUACCUGUGGCAUAUCCUGUUUAUGCGGCAGGGGAUACCGGGCGAGGAGAAUGCGUUGCUGGAUGCAGAGGGCGGACUUGAUCUGGACCGGCUCAAUGGCCAGGCGUGCCCGAGCGCCGAGGAGUGUUACUGUCGUUUGUAUGGGCGCUGUAACCUCAAGGGCUGUAUUGCUCCGGAUUAUUGUCUGGGCCAGUACAGUUUGCCGCCGAACUUGAAGCUGCCUGACGACUGGGCUGCCACGCAUGUAUGAGUUAUGUUGUAUAUUAAUCCUAAUGAAGUUGUCAGACAGUGAGACAUUACGCGACACGCUCGAGCACGGCGGCGAUCAUCACAGACGCAGAGCUACGUUGCAGGGCGCAGAGAUCAUCCAUGGAUUAAACUUAAAAUAGGCUUAAAAGGCUAAAAAAGACCCUCUCAGGCCCACGACUAAUUCCAUGAGACUCCGUCCACACACGUCGCACUACAUACUGAACCCUUUUACAGGU